AUGGAAGGCAAAUUAAAUUAUCGUUUAAAUGAAUUGAAACGAGCUAGGAAACUAUCUCAAGAUGAUUAUGAUUAUAUCAAAUGUACUGGAUCUCGAUGUGCUGUAUUUUUCGCUCUACCAAAAGUGCAUAAGAUUGGCUUUCCACUAAGAUCAAUUAUUUCUACAACAAAUAGUUAUAAUUAUAAAUUAGCUAAAUAUCUUACUAGUCUACUUGAACGUGCAAGAUCCAAACCACCAUCCUACAUUAAAGAUUCAUUUCAAUUUGCAAAAUUGAUUCAACAGAAGAAAGUAAAUAAAAAUGAAUUAAUGUUAAGCUUAGAUGUUGAAUCAUUAUUCACCAACGUAGAUGUAAACGAAGCAAUUGAAUUAGCAAUAAAAAUAAUAAUGGAUAAAAAGAAAAGUGAGAAAAAUUUUACAAAACUGACUUCUAAAGAUCUUAGAAAAUUAUUUCAGCUUGCCGUCACUGACACACCGUUUCGUUUCUACAGACGGGCGGAGUCUCAAUGGGCAGUCCGUUGGCACCCGUCCUUGCAGAUAUCUUCAUGA